AUGGAAAGGAGCGAUUCGCUCGUAGAGGAAGAAGUAACUAAAGUGCAGUGCGAUACCGACGGUGAGAAGACUGUCGUUGCUUUUGACGGUAAGCUGGCUCCCUUUGCCUUUUCGUUGUCAAGCGCAUCGAGGGCGGCCUCGAGGGCGGCUUUGCCAGGAGUGGCUGAUGGCAAAACGGCGCUCUGCGUGGGGGAGUCGAGAGCGGUAUUAGCGGUACAGCGGGGGGUGACGUUGUCGAGAAUAUCGUCAGAGUUGCUGCGGGAGGACGAGAGGGUGGGGGCAUCGACGAUGUUCAGUGGGGGGGCGACUUUGCGGCGCGGGCGACCAUUCAAGGGGCCUUUGGCAGGGUAUCGCGGGGGGACUUGA